CAUUUUGUUUCUAAGGCCAUAACCUCAGUCUUCCUGCUACACACGCACAAAAGAUGUUUUGGGGACAUCUCCCUGACGAGAUUUUAUUGCUGGUAUUUCAGUUCCUUCAUGACUCGGAUCUAUGCAAGGCGUCCACAGUCUGUAGGAAAUGGCGACGAGUUUAUCAUGAACCGUGUCUAUGGAGGUCACGGACCUUUGAAUUUCGUGGCUAUUGCAGGUCACACCCUCAACGACUAGAGAUGCUGGGCAUCUAUGCGGACACGAUGGGUAAAUACCUCCAGGAGAUCCGCAUCGUGUGUCCUUCACCCAACCUCCUGACGGCCAACAACGUGGCCAAGUGCGUGCACACACUGCUGAGCAAACUCACGUGCCUGAAGUACGGGCAGGAAAUGAUCCGCUCGCUCACCAUCAACAACCUCUACUUCAACGACACGUGGAGCAGCUUCCGGUCAUCUAAAUGUCUGCUCGUGGACAGCUUGUCCGUUUUCCUGGAGACCCAGAGGGCGCUGGAGAAUGUGGACAUUUCCGAGGCUUACAUGACCCCGCCCUUCUCGUACCGUAUCAUCAAAUCUCUGACCAACAGCCGAUCAGCGAGAAGGUUGGAGCGUUUGAAUUUGAUCAACUUUUAUUUCUACGAGAUGACGACGUACACGGCCGGCAAGCAGAUACGGAACUUGUGCAGAAAGUGCUGGAACCUGUCUGAGCUGUCUCUCAACUACUCGUACCUUCUGGCCGCCAAGGUGGUGGAUGUGUGUGAGCUCCUGUUCGACUGCCUGCAAGUGCUCACCGUGCACAUGUCGGCCUUUGAUUUCUCCAGCCCCUGGCUCAUCAUCACCUCAGACAACUGGCGGCUCGCGCUCAGGGUCAUACCCAAACUCAAGGUCAUCGUGGAGUUGGAGGGCUGGCCACGUGACCUAACAACGCUGCUCGUUCCCGGCAUUCCCUUGACGAAGCUGUCAGUUUUUGGCGGCCAGUGCUGCCACUCUUGCAUGAAGUUCGGAGAGAAGCUGAGUCUGUACCUGGACCACUUGGCCCGCCACUUCAGCGGCACGCUGGAGUCUGCUAGCUUCGUGGCUGGGGUCAGCAACGUCUACUCCCCGCCCAGGAAAGACGCCCUGGUCAAUUUCUUCACCAAGUGCAGACGACUGAGUCACGUGCAUUUCUCCAGCGCCCUCAUGUGUGCUGAGCUGGUUGCAGAGGUCAAGGGUGAGAUCACUAAUGAAAACGUCUCCAUAUCUAUAGUGCAGAAAUAAUGAGAUCAAAUACGCAUGUUUUUAAAUCUAAACUAUCUAUACAUAUGAAAAUUGUAUGAUUGUAUUGACCACAGUAUAUUCAUUACUUUUUUUAUACUGUUACUUACCUGUUAUUUACAUGACAUAGUCCCAUGUCUUUCAACGUAUUUCUGUUUACACAUUCAUUCUAAAUGUAAAUAUUUUUGACAGCCACAUUUCUAUCUCUAUUUUCUAUACUUUAACUCUGUGCCUGUUUUGAUUAGGUUCAAAUUUCGAUGAUUAUGUGUAGCAAAUUAUUUGUUUUGCGAUUUAUUCUAACAAUAAUCUAUGUGUAUCUGAUUUUUAUAUUUACAUAUUUCACAUACUAUAAGUUUGAACUUAUCUUCAAUUAAUAAAUAAUGUUACUUUUAUUAAUAAGGACUUCGAAAAAUUAUUUUCCACAAUGAAAUGUGUUGGUGGUCUAAUGUAGGCUAUGUGUUUCCCUAUCGUGUGAUUUGGUUUCAAACUCUAUUAGAUGUAGCAUAUUCAAGUCCUAGACACAUUGUGAGACAAUUACUGCAUCGUACUUGUGUUCACACAAAGCGGAGAAUAAUGAAACUAUAGACGUGGAGGUUAACUUUUCUAGUCCAAUGUAUUGCUCACAACGUGAUAGUGAUGGACCAGUGAUUUAUAUUCAA